ACGCGGCUUCGGGCGCUUUGGAUCAACUGAAAAGCGGCAAUAUUGGUUAAAUUAGCGAGAAAUGAAUAGAAAUUCACGAUUAUAUGAGCUCUGAUGCCAGCCAGCACAUUGACAUCGAUAAGAAGACGCGAUUCUGGGUCGUAGCGCCUGAAAACCCAGAGAAAAGUUGAUGUAAAACACUUCAGCGCUGCGUUGGUAGUUAGCUGGAUGUGGCUACGCUAACGGUGGUUGACAGGAGCAGCGUUAGCAGCGGCUUUAACUUUACCGGACACGAAACAAAAACAAGCUGAGCUAAACUUCUGUCCACCUCAGCACUUUGUUUCGGGUUCUUAUUCCACGAUGGUUCUGCAGAACAGCGGACGAUAUAGAGCAGACCGUGAUGGAGGAGAUCAGGACAACCAGCAGGAUGAUGGACCUGGCCUGUCUGCUGUCAAGCGGCUUGAACGUAGUCAGUUCACAGAUGGGAUGGAUGCGCGAUUUGGCUUUGAAAGGAUGAAGGAGCCUGGUGAAAAAACUGGAUGGUUGAUCAACAUGCAUCCGACUGAGAUUCUGGACGAUGACAAGAGGAUGAUCAGUGCUGUGGAUUAUUACUUCAUUCAGGAGGAUGGCAACAGAUUUAAGGUUGCAUUACCCUAUAAGCCGUAUUUCUACAUAGCCACUAGAAAGAACUGUGAUCGAGAAGUGAUCUCCUUCUUGUCAAAGAAGUUUCAAGGAAAGGUGGCAAAGCUAGAUAUCGUCCCUAAGGAAGAUCUAGAUCUGCCUAACCAUUUGGUGGGUCUAAAGAGGAACUACAUCAAACUCUCCUUUAACACCGUGGAUGACCUCAUCAAAGUAAAGCGAGAGAUUUCACCCGCAGUUAGAAAGAACAGAGAGAGAGAGAAAUCCAAUGACGCCUACACCAAUAUGCUGUCCAGUGCACUUGUAGGUGGAGGUGUGAUGAUGGCCGAUGAAGAUGGCACGUCUAAGAAAAUAGCCGACCAGCUGGACAAUAUUAUGGAUAUGAGGGAGUAUGAUGUGCCUUACCAUGUUAGGCUCUCCAUCGACCUCAAGAUCCAUGUGGCUCACUGGUAUAAUGUGCGCUACAGAGGCAGUGCUUACCCUCCUGAGAUUGUGCGUCGAGAUGACCUUGUAGAAAGACCGGAUCCAGUUGUGCUAGCGUUUGACAUUGAGACCACUAAGCUUCCUCUGAAGUUCCCUGAUGCAGAAACAGACCAAAUAAUGAUGAUCUCAUACAUGAUUGAUGGGCAGGGUUUUCUGAUCACAAACCGGGAGAUUGUCUCAGAGGACAUUGAAGAUUUUGAGUUCACUCCCAAACCGGAGUAUGAGGGGCCCUUCACUGUGUUCAAUGAACCUGAUGAGGCUGCUCUUAUUCAGAGAUGGUUUGAGCACGUCCAUGAAACGAAACCCAAUAUUUUUGUGACUUACAACGGAGACUUUUUUGACUGGCCAUUUAUAGAGGCGCGUGCAGCCCAACAUGGCCUCAGCAUGCACCAAGAGAUUGGCUUUCAGAAGGACAACCAGGGCGAAUACAAAGCCAGCCAGGCCAUUCACAUGGACUGUCUAAGAUGGGUAAAAAGAGACAGUUACCUGCCAGUAGGUAGCCAUAACCUGAAGGCAGCAGCAAAGGCCAAGCUGAGUUAUGACCCUGUUGAGUUGGACCCAGAGGAGAUGUGCCGUAUGGCUACUGAAGAACCACAGACUUUGGCUACGUACUCAGUGUCUGACGCUGUGGCCACCUACUACCUCUACAUGAAAUACGUCCAUCCCUUCAUCUUUGCCUUGUGCACCAUCAUCCCCAUGGAACCAGAUGAGGUGUUACGUAAAGGUUCGGGGACGCUGUGUGAGGCGCUGUUGAUGGUGCAGGCUUUCCAUGCCAACAUUGUUUUCCCUAAUAAGCAGGAGCAAGUGUUUAAUAAACUUACAGAUGACGGCCAUGUUCUGGACUCUGAGACCUAUGUUGGUGGCCACGUUGAGGCUCUGGAGUCUGGAGUCUUUCGCAGUGACAUCCCUUGCCGUUUCAAAAUGAAUCCUGCAGCAUUUGACUUCCUGCUUCAAAGAGUGGAGAGGACUCUUCGUCACGCAAUUGAGGAAGAGGAGAAGAUUCCACUGGAGCAGGUCACAAAUUUUAACGAGGUUUGUGAUGAGAUCAAGAGGAAGUUGAUUUCUCUGAAGGAAGUGCCAAACAGGAUUGAGUGUCCUCUUAUUUACCAUCUAGAUGUUGGGGCCAUGUACCCCAACAUCAUUCUUACCAACAGACUACAGCCAUCUGCCAUGGUAGAUGAAGCUACCUGUGCUGCAUGUGAUUUUAAUAAGCCUGGCGCCAACUGCCAGCGGAGGAUGGCCUGGCAGUGGAGAGGAGAGAUCAUGCCGGCCAGUCGUAGUGAGUUCCAUCGUAUCCAGCAGCAGUUGGAGUCUGAGAAAUUCCCACCUUUGUUUCCUAACGGGAACCCUCGUGCCUUCCACGAGCUCAACAGGGAGGAGCAGGCUCGCCACGAGAAGAAACGCCUGGGAGACUACUGCAGGAAGGCCUACAAGAAGGUGCACUUGACCAGGCUGGAGGAGAGAGUCACCACGAUCUGCCAGAGAGAGAACUCCUUCUACGUUGACACGGUCCGAGCGUUCCGUGAUCGACGUUACGAGUUUAAAGGACUGCAUAAGGUGUGGAAGAAAAAGCUAUCUGCGGCUCAGGAGAGCGGUGAUGCAGCUGAAAUGAAGCGCUGUAAGAACAUGGAGAUCCUCUAUGAUUCUCUGCAGCUCGCACACAAGUGCAUCCUUAACUCUUUCUACGGAUACGUCAUGAGAAAAGGAGCACGGUGGUACUCCAUGGAAAUGGCUGGUAUUGUGUGUCACACAGGAGCCAACAUCAUCACUCAGGCCAGAGAACUGAUCGAGCAGAUUGGGAGGCCUUUGGAGCUGGACACUGAUGGUAUCUGGUGUGUCCUCCCUAACACCUUCCCUGAGAACUUUGUCAUCAAGGCCUCUAAUGAGAAGAAACCCAAAGUCACUAUAAGUUAUCCUGGAGCCAUGCUCAACAUCAUGGUCAAGGAAGGUUUCACCAAUCAUCAGUACCAAGAACUGGUAGAUCCGGCCUCUCUGACAUAUGAGACAAGAGCAGAGAACAGCAUCUUCUUUGAGGUAGAUGGACCAUACCUGGCCAUGAUUCUGCCUGCCUCCAAAGAGGAGGGCAAGAAGCUAAAGAAGAGGUAUGCUGUCUUUAAUGAAGAUGGUUCUCUGGCUGAGCUGAAAGGCUUCGAAGUGAAGAGGAGAGGAGAGCUCCAGCUCAUUAAAAUCUUUCAGUCUUCUGUAUUCGAGGCUUUUCUCAAGGGCACCACUCUGGAGGAGGUCUAUGCUUCUGUUGCUAAAGUGGCAGACUACUGGCUAGAUGUGCUCUACAGCAAGGCGGCUAACAUGCCAGAUGCAGAGCUCUUUGAGCUCAUCUCAGAGAACCGAUCCAUGUCCCGAAAGCUUGAGGACUAUGGUGAACAGAAGUCCACCUCUAUCAGCACAGCCAAGCGACUGGCUGAGUUUCUUGGUGACCAGAUGGUGAAGGACGCUGGCCUGAGCUGCCGCUACGUCAUCUCCCGAAAACCUGAAGGCUCACCUGUUACUGAAAGGGCGAUUCCUCUGGCCAUAUUCCAGGCUGAAGCAAGUGUAAAGAAGCAUUUCCUGCGCAAAUGGCUCAAGAUGCCCAGCCUUCACGACCUGGACAUUAGAUCAAUCCUGGACUGGGGUUACUACAUUGAGAGGCUUGGUAGUGCUAUUCAAAAGAUCAUCACCAUCCCAGCAGCAUUACAACAGGUGAAAAACCCUGUGCCCAGAGUGCGCCAUCCAGACUGGUUGCAUAAGAAGCUUUUGGAAAAGAAUGACAUCUACAAACAGAAGAAAAUCAGUGAGCUGUUCACUAGUGAAGGAAAGAGACAGGUGACCCAACAGAAGCAGGACGGGGCUCCUGAUAUAGAAGAUUUCGGGGUUCCACAGCGCCCCCUGCAACCUGCCAUCCUCAUCAGCACAAAGAGGAAGCGAGCAUCUCAGGGUGAGGACAGCCAAACGGAGUCUCAGGAGCUGGAGCUUACUCAGUCUUGGAGAGAGAUUCUGGGACCACCGCCACCUAGGGGCACAACACGGGAGGAGCGGUUGGUCUGGCUGCGCUACCAUAAGAAAAAAUGGGAGCUACAGAUCCGUCAGAGAAAGGAGCGCAGGAAGAAACGCCGCUUGAUUGACGGAGAGGCUCAGCCAACCGGAGGUGGAGUAAUCAGGGGCGGACCAACCACAGGGCUGGGGAACUUCCUGCGCAGGACAGCCAGGAGCAUUCUGGACAUGCCUUGGCAGAUUGUACAGAUUGCAGAGACAAGCCACCCAGGCCUGUAUAAGCUGUGGGCAGUGAUUGGCAGUGACCUGCACUGCAUGAAGCUCAAUAUUCCGCGAGUGUUCUAUGUCAAUCAAAGAGUGCCCAAGCAAGAAGAAGGGGCCACAUACAAAAAGGUGAACCGGAUUUUGCCACGCUCCAACAUAGUGUAUUACCUGUACCAGUACUCUGUGCCUGAGGACAUGUAUCAAGAACAUAUCAAUGAGAUCAAUGCAGACCUCUCUGCCCCGGACAUAGAAGGAGUCUACGAGACACAGGUGCCGCUGCUGUUCCGGGCGCUGGUGCAGCUGGGCUGUGUAUGUAUGGUAAACAAGCAGGUGGUAAGGGAGCUUGCCGGCCGCGAAGCAGAUACCUUCGACCUGGAGCACCUGGACAUGCGGUCCCUCGCCCAGUUCAGCUACCUGGAGCCAGGAAGUGUGAGGCACAUGUACCUGUACCAUCACAGUCAGGGCCACAAGGCUCUGUUUGGCCUCUUUAUCCCCUCUCAGCGUAAAGCCAACGUCUUCGUCCUUGACACGGUUCGGAGUAACCAGAUGCCAAACCUGAGUACAAUGUAUGGAGCAGAGCGCACCGCCCUCCUGGAGAAAACCUCUGAGGAACUGCUGCCACCUGAGAAGCACCUGUUUGAAGUGCGCGCUGAGAACGAUGUGAAGGCCAUAUACCGUGCCCUGCAGCGCAUUCUGCUCAGCUACAAGGAAGAACGUCGUGGUCCAACUCUCAUCGCCGUGCAGUCUAACUGGGAACUGCGGCGGCUGGUGUCCGGCAUGGCUGUGCUGGAGGAGUUCCCAGUGGUCCCGGUGCACGUGACAGAUGAAAUUAGUUACAAUGUGCUAGACUGGCAGCGACACGGUGCCCGACGUAUGAUCAAACACUACUUAAAUCUGGACAGCUGCCUGUCACAAGCCUUUGACAUGGCCAGGUAUUAUCACCUGCCCGUGGGGAACCUACCUGAGGACAUCUCCAUUUUUGGCUCAGACCUAUUUCUGGCCCGUCACCUGCGGAAGCACAACCACCUGCUGUGGCUUUCUCCCACAGCAAGACCUGACCUUGGGGGCAAGGAGGCAGAUGACAGCCGCCUGGUGAUGGAGAGUGAUGAGCGUGGUUCUGUGGAGAUCAACAUGCAGGGCUGCUUCUCCACAGUGUGUGUGGAGUUGGACAUUCAGAGCUUGGCAGUGAACACCAUCCUCCAGUCUCAGCAUGUGAAUGACAUGGAGGGUGGGGCCAGUCUGGGUGUUAGCUUUGAUGUCAUCCAGCAUGCUUCACUGGAGGAAAUGAUGUCAGGGAACCAGGGGGCAAGCGCUGUGGCCAGCUAUGAUGAGACUGCCCUCUGCUCCAACACCUUCAGGAUCCUGAAGAGUAUGGUGGUUGGCUGGGUGCGGGAGAUCACGCAGUACCAUAAUGUUUAUGCUGAUAACCAGGUGAUGCACUUCUAUCGUUGGCUGCGCUCCCCCAGCUCUCUGCUGUAUGACCCAGCACUGCACCGCACACUUCUCAACAUGAUGAAGAAGCUAUUUUUGCAACUGGUUGCUGAGUUUAAGAGGCUUGGUUCCUCUGUUGUCUAUGGGAACUUUAACCGUAUCAUCCUCAGUACCAAGAAGCGGCGCAUUGACGAUGCCAUUGCAUACGUGGAGUACAUCACCAACAGUAUCCAUUCCCGGGAGAUCUUCCACUCUCUGUCUAUCACAUUUUCUCGAUGCUGGGAGUUCCUACUGUGGAUGGAUCCUGCCAACUAUGGAGGAGUCAAGGGGAAACUGCCUUCCAGUAUUAUGUACGGAGAGAAUGGCAUGGAAAAGAGGAAAGGAAAGAAGGAAGGAGAAGAUGAGGACAGUGAUGAUGAGGACGAAGAGGCUGAUGAACAGGAAGAUGAAGAGCAAGAUGGGGAUGAAGAGGUUGAGGACCUGAUUGAAAGCAACUGGAACAUCAUGCAGUAUCUGCCUCAGACAGCUUCAUGUCAGAAAUACUUCCUCAUGAUCAUCUCAGCUUAUAUAGCUGCUGUGUAUCACAGCAUGAAGGAGGAGCUUAGACGGAAUGCUCCUGGAGCCACGCCUAUAAAGAGGCGGGGUGGGAGCCAAAUAACCCAACAACCUGCUGGUGAUGUCAGUGCACUUCCUGGCAUGAUCACAUUCUCUCAGGAGUAUGUGUCCAGUGAGCUUACCCAGAACUUCUUCACCAUCACACAAAAGAUUCAGAAGAAGGUGUCUGGAACGCGCAGCGUGACUCUGCCCUCUGAAAUGUUCCCUGUGCUGCCUGGAUCACACCUGCCCCUCAACAAUCCGUCUCUGGAGUUCAUCAAAUACGUCUGCCAGGUCCUCUCUCUGGAUUCUAACAUUGUAAAUCAAGUGAAUAAGUUAAAGCGAGACCUCCUGCGUUUGGUGGACGUUGGGGAGUUUUCCGAGGAAGCUCAGUUCCAUGACCCCUGCAACUCUUACGUCUUGCCAGAGGUCAUCUGCCACCACUGCAACUUCUGUCGUGACCUUGACCUUUGCAAGGACCCUUCCGUAGCCCAGGAUGGGUCGGUUUUACCUCAGUGGUUCUGCUCUAACUGCCAGGCCCCGUAUGACACUGACUCAAUAGAAAUGGCUUUAGUGGAGGCUCUGCAGAAGAAACUGAUGAGUUACACCCUGCAGGACCUGGAGUGUGCCAAAUGCCAAGGGGUGAAGGAAGCCAACAUGCCCCUGUACUGCACCUGUGCUGGAGACUUUAAACUCACCUUCACCAUAAAGAACUUCACAGAGCAGGUCACCGUGUUCAGGAAUAUCGCUGCCCACUACAACAUGCACUUCCUGCUAGAGACCAUCGACUGGAUCCUGAGGAUGAACACUUAAGAGUGGGUGUGUGUGUGUGUGUGUCUGUGUAAAUGUAUGUUUAUCUGUAUAAAGUAUCUCUUUUGACCAGAAUACAUCAAAAUGUAUUUUGGAUCUGUUUUAUAAUUAUCACUGUGCUUGAAAUUAUGUGCAAAGGAUUAUGAAAGAUUUUUGUACAGAUCUUGAUUCAGCAUCAUUUUCUGUAAACAUGUUGUACCAGGAUGUGUUGGAAACACAGUGGUGUGUAUCUAAACAGUAAUAAUUGACAUGAUAUUCUGUAUUUGAAUUAAAUAUUUUUGUACUUCAGCAAUAAAAUGUUCCAGCUAAGGGAAAAGGGCUGAUCAUUUGGCUUAAUGAAUGAAUCAUGAAAGUGUUGUCAGUUACAGUACUCAUGUGUAAGUGAGAGGUUUUGCCCAUCGUGCUUAUUACACACACAUCUAUCUAGAUAUUGUUUCUGUUUCAAAUUCAUGCCUUGGUUUCUCAGAAAACAUCAAUUUAUGACUGCACAAACCCUCCAUAGAGCCAUUUAAGGGGACAAUCACCAACAUCCUUUUGCAACAAUCAGCUAAUGAGACCUAUACAAUAUAACAGUGCCACUUUUCCAUUAUCACAUUACGAGUUAAUUUCUAAAGCUUCUCAUCUAAGGCAGGGUUUGGUUUCUGCCUCUGCUCAAUCUGAAAAGCAUCAAUGCAUAUAACUUACUGGAGUU